AUGCUCACGGCCGCUUUUGCCCCCGCAGACGUGCCUGGCCCCGCAAGCUACAGCGUAUACGGCUCCGAGCAUUACGCGGCUAGUGCGAAUUCGAAUCAGCACAUGGGCUAUGGCUUCGCUCAUACGCUUGGCGGCCACGGACACGGGUUUGCAGAGAACCACCACCACCACAACACCCACCACGACCUCCCGCGUCUACACAUCCCCUCUGCCGGUGGCUACGCCACACCGACUCACGGGCACACGCCCACACACACCCACGAGCAGGCCCAGACCCAGCCUGGCCUUUCCCUUUCACACUCUCUUGCAAGACCCCCCGCUUUCCUCCCGUCGCAACACCACCAGCUCCCCCUGCCCUCUUACGCAUACGCAGCCCCAGCAUCGUCGCUGGCCAUCGCAGCGUCGAGCAGGGCCCGUGCCCGUCUGACGCCAUCGCCGCUUUCCGCCGCGCCGGGGCCCGUCACUGUGCCUAGCAACGACCACGCCACCGCCAACUAUCAGAUCCCGAUGCAGAUGACGUUGGGCCCCCCGGCUGCCUCGGGCGGCGGUCAUCCGCCCACGCAUAAACGGAAAGAGCGAGAUCAAGACACCGACGAGGAUGAAGAGGAGAAAGAUGCAGAAGGCGAGCCGGACAGCGAGAGUGGGAGCAGCGACGAGGAGCCACGCGCGAAACGACGGAAGGGGGCGGAGAAAGGGAAGGAUAAGAAGACUAACAAGGGCGGGAGUGCCCGAAGGACGAAUGCGAGCGCUGUUAUUGCCUGCCAGCAGUGCCGUUCACGCAAGAUUCGCUGCGACUCCACGCGCCCACACUGCGCCAACUGUAGUCGGCGGGGGGAAGCGGCAAAUUGUGCUUAUGACGCCGCCCCAAAGCGCCGCGGCCCAGACAAAAAACCGGGAACACGGCAGCGUCGGUGUAAGAAGAAGAUCGAGGAGGACCGCCGCGCAGCGGGUAGUGAGGAGCGGGGAAGUGCAAGUACGGGCAAGAGACUGAAAAUCGUGACGGAUGUGGGCAGGGUGGCUCACGCCGAAUCACCGAUAUCGGCUAGUAUGGUGCCCUCACAGCGACAUCCUACACCAACGUCCACCACCGCCCUGCCUGCCUUCGCAUUGCCGCUGCCGGAGGCCGGCCCGGAGGCUCAUCCGAAAUUUCCGGUUCCAUCGGCUCUCAUACAAGCCGCGCAGGCCGCUUGGUGGGAGCGUUUCCUACGAACAUACACCCUGCGCGAGAUUGCAACGGACCUCGACGCGCUCUACACCGAGCCGGGGCCGCUCCUCUCCCUCUCCUUCGCCAAUCCACGCUUUCUGCUCGAGACCCUGUGGUCACCAUCGAGAAGGUUAAGUCUGCAGCCCGCCUUUGUGCUUGCGAGUAUGGCGGUAGCAGUGCUACUUCGCUCCCAUGACGGGCCGGGCGGCGCGGGAAAAGCCGGAAGGGAGCGGGCGCGGCAAUUGAGGGAGGCAGCGGGGGAAGCGUUAGAGGCUGCAUGGGGCGAUGGCAGUGGGGAUGGCGAGAGGUGGGUGGAUGCGAGUUUGGCCGAGGCCGCAUUGCUCUUGGCACACUACGAAGCUUCCGCGCAUGCCGACUACCACCCUGAUCGCGUGCUGCAAGCACUCUCCUUGCUGGACCAGAUUUUACAUGCGCUGCAGCUCCCCGCGCUUGACGCUGGCCGGCCGGACGUGUGCCGCUUUGCACAAGCGACGCCCCCGAUCGUUCUUCCGCCUCCGCCUGCGUAUCAGGCAUACUCUUCCUCGUCUUCGAUGUAUCCCACCUCCCCGCCAUCAGAUCCAACAUGCACGUGCCUCCCGCCGGGGACACCCGCUCCGGCCACAGCUGGGGCUCAGGCCCGCGCACUCCCAUGGGACCCGGCUUGCGGUGCACGUGCCUUGCGCGAUGAGGAGUGCCGCCGCGUGGUGUGGGGCGCUCUCUCGCUCGCUACCAGCAUCAGGACGGAACGUCUUGCGCUCGGUCGCGGGGACCCGGGUGCCGGGCUCCGGAUAUGUGAACCUGCUAAUUACCUCGUCCUUUUCCCGAAUGAGCUUUACGCAGACCGGGCCGUCGCCGGCGUCAAGGCCGACUUCGCCGCGCGCAAAGGCUCGGUGUGGGCGUUGUACUGCCGCUCACUGUUAUUGGCCAACUUCUGCGGUAACGCCGUCGAGCGCGAGCGACAGCGGGCAUCUGCCGUUGUCCCCAGCCACUCCCCGUACGACUACGCUCCCCGGGCAGAGCAUGAUGCGAAGGAGACCCUGAGUGAGGCCUUGACUGAGGCAUGGAACGAGGCGCAAGCGAUAGCAGACGCAUUGGACGCGCAUGUCUGUGGAACUUAUGCGGCCGUCUCGUACUUGUGUCGCGAGAACAUUGCCAACACACGCAUGAUCAUUGCGCGAGGCCUGCGCGCCGUCCAAGGGCUAGACAGUGUCGCUCGCCCGCGGCCACUAUUCACGCGGCGUCAGACGCGCGAAUGGGUUGAACACCAAGCAACUGUGAUCGCUGACAUCACGCGGUCUUUGUCGCCACCUCCCCCUCACUCACACUCACACUCGCCUGAGCUGGCCCACGCGUUGCACUACCCCGUGGUUCCCAGUAACGUGACGGGCGGCACUCCGCCAGACGCGCGGGCUGCGCAACUGUUACACCGCCCAUUCGCGAUGCCGUGGUUCUACCACCAACUCGCGCUGUGUCUCCUCCUCUGGGACUCUGCAGAUUCGGGAGACGCAUCUGUAGAGGUGCUUGAGCUGGGAAAGGGGAUUCUCCAAGCGCUGGAGCGGAUGCAGGCAGUUUGGCCGUGCGAUUACAUCUCGCGCCAGACCGCGGACCUCCGCGUCAGGCUCACCCACGCGUGUCUCUCUGCAUCCCUAUCCCCUCCUAUUGCUGCCCCGCCAUUCUCCUCAGCGUCGUCUUCACCCGUAUCGCUCACCCGCAGCAGCCCUGCUGUCCCCGCGCAGGUCCCGAUGCCGCUGACGGUGCGCCUCUCGCCUGCACAUCAGCCAAUGGCCAGCUCACUCCCGGUCGGCGUGCCUAUUUCGACCACGCGGCGCGGCGCCUUGUGA